GUGCUAUCGAGUAACAAUGAGCCCAGACAAAAACGUCUGUUCUUAUCGAUAACAUAUCAUAAAAAAAAUAUUAAAAACAUCGCCCUCCCCAACCCACCCGCAUGAAAAUCGUGGCGGAAAAACGUGGGAAAAACAAAGCAAUGACAGUUAUUUAAAGAACAAAUUAGCAAAUAUAUAAUUUGUCGGAACAGUUCCAGCAACUGAUCAACCUAAGAACAAAAUAGUUCCCGAUUCGCAUACCUUUGCCAGCAGAUCGAGUUUCAAAACAUAGCCACCGCGCAUCGAGUCCCGCCAACGUGAUUCCGUUCACGGAACUGCCACCAGCGCCAUGCUAGCCAACGAUUCCGCAACGACAGACAGCGAGGUGUCCACACCGCCGUUGUCGAGGAAAGAUUUGGCAGAUGAUGUUGCCGAGGGUGACAACGACAACGACAUCGAUACCGGCGACACGGACGCAAAUGCGGAUGAAGAUGUGGACGCGGCUGCUGCCAGUGCCCUGGAGGCCGAAGAGCGCGAGGAGCUGCAACAGUUCAUAAGCGAGCUGCGCGACAAGAUCGAGAGCAAGCGACAGCUGCGCCUGCAAAACUCCACAAUCGAGCUGCCCGGUGAGGAGUACUUCGCCAAACUGGACUCCAGUCUCAAAAAGAACACGGCAUUCGUCAAGAAACUGAAGCUAUUCACGGCCACACAGCUGGACGGACUAUUGCGUGAGAUAUCCGCUCUAAAUUUGAGCAAAUACAUCUCGGAAAUAUGCGCCGCGCUGGUCGAGGCCAAGCUGAAAAUGACGGAUGUGUCGGCGGUGGUGACGCUGGCCUCCCGGCUGCACUGCACAUAUGCCGACUUCGAUGUCCAUUUUCUGGAGGCGUGGCAAAAGGCACUGAACAUCAAGGCCACCGAGAAGAUUGGCAAUCCGAGCAAACUGCGCGUGGAUCUUCGCCUGUUUGCCGAACUAAUCAGCUCUGGUGUGAUCCAAAUGAAGCCCGGAUUGGCCCAACUGGGUGUUGUCCUGGUGCACCUGAUUGCCAUGGACAAGGAUGACCACAGCAACUUCUCAAUCAUCCUCUCAUUCUGUCGGCACUGCGGCGAGGAGUACGCCGGCCUAGUGCCGCAAAAGAUGCAACAGUUGGCCACCAAAUACGGAGUGGAGGUGCCGAAAUCCGACUUCCUGACUGCCGACAAGCAGCUCAAUCUGCGCACCAUGCUUAAGGGUUACUUCAAGGCCCUGUGCAAGCAUGUCCUGGCCGAGCAGGCCGAACUGAUGAACAUGACCAAGAACAUACGGCGCACCAUGGAGUGCAAGGGUGAGAUAUCCACGGAGAAGCGCGAGAAGUGUGAACUGAUGCAGGCCGGAUUCGAUAAGCUUCUGGCCUCCGCCCAAUCACUGUCGGAACUGCUGUGUGAACCACUGCCCGAGUUGGCCAAGGAGUCUGAGGGUUGCAAUCCGGGCACAGUCAUCGACAACAUGCUGGACAGUGCCUCCUUCGGUGUGCUCGAUCCGUGGGGCGACGAGGAGACCCGAGCCUUCUACACGGAUUUGCCCGAUUUGAGACAGUUUCUGCCAAACUUUUCGGCACCCAAAGUCGAUUUGGAAACGUUAGAGGAGCCCAGUGAGCUUACCGAAGAAGCGAUCGAUGCCAAUCUAGAUGCCGAAAUGGAUCUAGAUGAUCCACCGUCCACCACCUCGGAUACGACUCCGGAAAAUCCAAUCGAAGAGCAGCCAACGCCAGUUUCCUCUGCGGAGGAUCUCAAGCCGCAGAAGAUGGGUAACGCUCUGAUGGAACUGGGUCGCCAGCAGCAGCAGCAAAGUCAGCUCAACCAGAAUCCGACCCAGAUCCAAAACCAAAUGCGUCAGCAGUUCGAUGGCUUCCUGGUCAACCUAUUCAACUGUGUGAACAAGGAGCUGAUCGAUUCGGCGGCCAUCGAGUUCCUGCUCAACUUCAACACCAAGCAUCAACGCAAGAAGCUGACGCGUACGAUAUUCUCGGUGCAGCGUACGCGUCUGGAUAUCCUGCCCUAUCUCUCCCGCUUCGUGGCCAUUGUGCAUAUGUGCAAUACCGAUGUGGCCGCCGAUUUGGCCGAACUGCUGCGCAAGGAGUUCAAGUGGCACAUUCACAAGAAGAACCAGCUGAAUAUCGAGACGAAGCUCAAGAUCGUGCGAUUCAUUGGCGAACUGGUUAAGUUUGGGUUGUUUAAGAAGUUCGAUGCCUUAGGAUGUCUGAAGAUGCUGCUAAGGGACUUUCAGCAUCAUCAAAUCGAGAUGGCCUGUGCCUUUGUGGAAGUCAGCGGCGUGUAUCUUUACAAUUGCCGGGAUGCCCGUCUGCUGAUGAAUGUGUUUCUGGACCAGAUGCUGCGCCUGAAAACAGCCACGGCAAUGGACUCGCGACAUGCGGCGCAGAUUGAGAGCGUGUACUAUUUGGUAAAGCCGCCGGAAUCGGCCAAGCGAGAGGCCAUGGUUCGGCCGGCAAUGCAUGAGUACAUCCGUUACUUGAUCUUCGAGGAGCUUUGCAAGCAGAACGUUGAUCGCUGUAUCAAAAUGCUGCGCCGCAUCGACUGGCAGGAUCCGGAGACGAAUUGUUAUGCCAUUAAGUGCCUCAGCAAGGCGUAUCUGCUGCGCUUCCAGCUCAUCCGCUGCCUGGCCGAUCUCGUAUCCGGACUGAGCUCCUAUCAGCCACGAGCGGUUACCAUCGUGAUCGAUAAUGUGUUUGAGGAUAUCCGCGCUGGCCUCGAGAUCCAUUCGCCACGCAUGGCUCAGCGGCGCAUCGCGAUGGCCAAGUACCUGGGCGAGAUGUACAACUACAAGCUGGUGGAGUCCACGCACAUUCUCAAUACGCUGUACUCCAUCAUCUCGCUGGGCGUAUCGAAUGACCAAAAUGUCAUCUCGCCACUGGAUCCGCCCGAUAGCCUGUUCCGACUGAAGCUUGCCUGUAUGCUACUGGACACGUGUGCACCCUACUUCACCAGCCAGGCCACGCGAAAAAAACUGGACUACUUCCUGGUCUUCUUCCAACACUACUAUUGGUUCAAGAAAUCCCAUCCCGUGUUCAGCAAGACGGAGAACACCUCCGAUUUGUUCCCCAUCCUAAUGGAUCACACCUAUCGCGACUGUCUACUCAAUGUGCGGCCCAAGCUGAAGAUUUACAAGAGUCUAGAGCAGGCCAAGGCGGCGAUUGAUAAUCUGCAGGAGAAGCUCUAUCCGCAGCUAAAGACUACCAAUAAUCCUCAGGAUCCGUCGCUGGGCACAAUCAGUGAAAUAAGCGAGAUAGACGAGGGCGCCACUGAUGAGGAUUCUGGGUCAUCGAAUGAUCAGCGGGAGCGCCAGAUGUCGGGCCAAGAGCCGGACCAGAGCAACGAGUGGACAGAGAACGAGGCGGAGCCACCGCUGCCGCCGCCCCCGCCGCCAGAAAAGUCUAAGGAGGACCUAGAGUUCGAGCACUUGUACGACAAAAUGACCACAGACUCGUACCAAGAACGGCUUAAGGAGCCGAUCAAGGCUACGGCCAAGGACAUACCUGUGCCGAUGAUGGCGCGCCUGCAAAAAAAGUCGUACGAUCAAAUAACAGGUGCUCAGACCAUCGGCCCCGGGACCAACAAUACGCCACAGAUCUCAAAGGCGGCUGCCAAUCAGGACGGAACGCCCGGCUCUCCAGGUGCAGAUUCACCAGAUGGCAACGGCAAAUCCAGCGACGGUGCGGGUGGUAGCGAUGCUGGGGCUGCUGGUGCUUCUGGUCCUACAUCUGUGCCCUUUGUGCUGAUGGUGCGCGGCCACAAGGGUGGAAAGCAACAAUUUAAGUCGUUUGUGGCGCCAUCCGACUCGCACUUGGCCACCAACCUAAUGCGGCAGGAGCAGAUGCUACGCGAGGAGAAGGAGAAGGUCAAGCGCCUCACGCUUAACAUAACUGAGCGCAUCGAGGAGGAGGACUACCAGGAGUCGCUGAUGCCGCCGCAGCAUCGAAACUUUACCCAGAGCUACUACCAGAAGCCCAGUAAGCACAAGUUCAAGCACCAAAAGGGUGCGCCCGAUGCAGACCUCAUCUUUCACUGAAACGUUGCCCCCGCCAACGGAGCCGAAUACAGCCGGUGCUGGUGAGUGCGGUAGCUCGCUGGUGUUUUGGGUGACAGCCACUUGUGCUUUUCCCAGCCUCCUGGCCGUCGUGUUAAUACCAAUGUGCUGUCGCUGUUGCUGCUGCAGCUGCAGCUGCUGUAAGGCCUAACGACUGCGAUUGCGAUACCACGGAAGCGAAAUAAUACGGUGUGGAGAGCAACGCUCCAAGAGCCCACGGCUCUCCGCCAACGGAACAGGCUCCGGAAAUUUCACGAUCCGAAAGACAAGAGACACACCAACCUCAAGUUGUACUUAAGCCAAACAAUUUACAAAACAACGGGCCAACAUGUUAGGCCAGACACUCAAUCCAAUCCAAUCCAAUCCAAUUUACAACAACAGGCCAACAGCCAACAUGCCAACCUACCAAGCCGCUCAAUCGCAGUCGUGGCAGCUGGAGCCCAUCCAAAUGGAACCUGGGACCUCGUCCUCGAUAUUAUCGUGUAUAUAUGUAGAAGUGCUGCUACGAUCCCGAUCCGUAACCGUAUAUAUUUUAACACUACUUAGUACGUAAAAAUGCCUAGACUUGUUUCGAAAACACAACCCAAUUGAAUAACAAAGCAUGUAUACAACGAUAUAUACAGAUUGUUAUAGAAUGUUAUAUACACAAUCACACACACACACACAUUCGAUAAUGCCAUCCGAUGUUCCAUUGACAUUUUUGAAUCAAAUGCAGAAUGCUGUCGGAAAGUGAGUUCGUCUCCAUUGGGAAAGCUGUUUGGAUGAGCAAAUGGAAAGACCACUGAGCCACUGAGAUUCCUCGGGGGAUGCAGUGAGUCCAGCAAGUCUCGAACUCAGCUCGCUUGUGUAUUGGAGUUUUAAUUGAAUAAUUCUCGGAUGCCCUUUUGCAUUGAUGCUAGGUACUUUAUCUCAUGUUGUAUAAGAAACAAUAACUUGUAAACGAUUGAUCCACAUUUCUGUACUCAAAUUUCGCAUUAUUUCCAUCCGAUGAAUAAAUAAGACACACUAAAUAUGUA